UUGGUUUGGGCCAACAAUCUAAUCUCGCCAAUUCUGUCAGAUGGCUUCAAAUGCAAACCUCUUCUGAUCUUGUACUUUAUUUCCCUCUUUUCGUGCUUCUCUGCUUUGUUUUCUUUUUUGUUUUUAAUAUCGACUCAAUUGAUGUUUGGGCAUUGUACAGAUCUUGCUAUUCGUCUUUAUUCAAGUUUUGACAAUUUAUUUCCAUUUAGUCUACAAGGUGUUCAAUUAAAUAUAUCUACUUUCCACUUCUUGAUUCAUGUCUGCUCUAGAGCAUCUGCUUUCAAACAAGGGAGUGAAGUUCACAGGAGAAUCUUGAAAUCUGGGUUCGGAAAUAAUCUAUCUCUGACUAAUAAUUUAAUGGGCAUGUAUAAAAGCUGUGGAAAAUUGAAGGCAGUGUGUCAAUUGUUUGAAAAUUUGCCCAGUAGAGAUGUUGUUAAUUGGAAUACCAUGAUAUCUUGUUAUGUUACAAUGGGUUUGUAUAGAGAAGUGUUGGAUUCAUUUCGUAAAAUGAUAGUCAAUGGUGUUAGUCCUGAUGAGAUAACCAUGGUUAGCUUGGUUUCAGCAAGUGCAAAGUUGAGGGAUGUGAAAAUGGGAGAGGCGUUGCAUCUCUACAUUGAGGAGAAAAAUUUAAGCAUAGUUGGAAGUUCGGUGGAUAUGUAUAUCAAGUGUGGGAAAAUGGAGGAAGCACAAAAGCUUCUGGAUAGAAGCGGUGCUGAUGAUGUUGAUGUUGUUUUGGGAACUACAUUGAUUAGUGGGUAUGUGAAGUCGAAUAAAAUAGAUGCGGCUAGGUUCCUGUUUGACCAGAUGACAGAGAGGAGCUUGAUUUCAUGGACUGCAAUGAUUUCUGGUUAUGUCCAAGGUGGAUAUUUUUGUGAGAGUUUGUAGUUAUUUAGAGAAAUGAGGUUCAAAGUUGUUUGGCCAGAUAAGGUUGUGCUCAUAACAGCACUUUCUGCAAGUGUUGAAGUGGGUGAAUUUCGGUUUGGCAGAUCUAUCCACUGCUUGAUUUUAAAGCAUGGAAUGAGUGUUUCUUGGAAAUGCUCUGAUAGACUUGUAUGCAAAAUGUGAACAAGUUAAUGAAGCAUGCAGAAUCUUUGAGCAGUUGCCUUACAAGACUAUUGUGACUUGGAAUACAAUGUUGGAUGGAUUUUGCAGAAAUGGAAAUAUUGCAAAGGCAAGAGCCUUUUUUGAUGUGAUUCCUGAAAAAGAUGUUGGAUGGAUUUUGCAGAAAUGGAAAUAUUGCAAAGGCAAGAGCCUUCUUUGAUGUGAUUCCUGAAAAAGAUGUGAUUUCAUGGAACACUAUAAUCAACUGCUAUGCUAGAUAUAAUCAGUUUCAGGAGUUGUUUCAGCUUUUCCACAAGAUGCAGAGUUCUCAUAUAAAAGCUGACAAGUUCACUUUGGUUAGUUUGCUAUGUCGUCCUGUGCUAGCAUUGGAGCCCUUAAUCGUGGAAUUUGGGUCCAUGUUUACAUGAAGAAAAAUCAAAUUAGUCUAGAUAGCAUGUUAGAAACUUGUCUAAUUGACAUGUAUGGAAGGUGUGGUUGCUAUGAAAUAGCCUAGGAGUUGUUUUCUGAAAUUAGUGAAAGUAAUAUAUUUGUACGGACUGCAAUGAUAGCAACAUAUGCCAUGGAGGAACAAGCGAAUGGAAAACUGGAAUAAAGCCCAAUCAAGUCACUUUUAUAGCUCUUCUAACUGCCUGUAGUCAUGGAGGUUUAAUAGAUGAAGGUUACAAAUUCUUUCAUAAGAUGAGUAGUUACGACAUAAACCCUAAGAUACAGCAUUAUGGAUGUAUGGUCGAUCUCCUGGGUCGUGCUGGGCAUUUAGAUGAGGCAUCAAAUUUCAUUGCUUCCAUGCCAAUUGAAGCAGAUGUUUGCAUAUGGAGUUCCUUGUUGAGAGCAUGUGGAAGCUACCAAAAUGUCGAAAUAGCUGAACAUGCAUUCAAUACAUCUCACAGAGAUAGACCCACUGACUGAUGCAGCAUAUGUGCUGCUUUCAAAUGUUUAUGCAAAAGGUGGUAGAUUAGAUGGUGUGAGCAGACUAAGAACAAAGCUACAUGAUAUAGGAUUAAGGAAGCAACCAGGAUAUAGCCUUAUAGAACAAGAUGUUCUUCAUAAGUUUACUUGUGGGGAUUUCUUUGAUCCUCAUGCUACAGAAACCACAGUGAAAGGUUGGCUGUAGCUUUUGGGCUUUGAAGCACCCGUGAAAAAACCCCAAUACGGAUUGUGAAUAAUCUUCGGAUUUGUGGAGAUUGUCACUCAUUUAUGAAGCUUGUAUCUCAAACCUAUAAUAGAGAAAUUGUAAUUCGAGAUAGCCAUAGAUUCCAUCGGUUUCAAGAUGGUCAUUGCUAAUGUGAAGAUUAUUGGUA